GUAAAAGCGGAGGAUUGACACGCGGACACGCGCGCGCGCGCGGGCGGAAUAGCGGGGAAGCGGCGCACGUGCCUUCUUCAUACACCAACGGAGGAAAUUGUCUUUAACUAUUUCCCCCUCGUUAGUGGUGUUUGUUGACACGAUGUCAAAAAGUUCCCUCACGUCCCAUCAGGCCUCGUUUGUUCGGGAGUGACAAACGCACCUGGAACGUGACCUUAAUCAUGUCAUUAUUCCGAGAGGAAGCGUGUAAUCAGGAUGUGGAUGGAGGACAAAUUUGCUGAGACAGCAGUUUAGCCAUAAACGCCUGCGGAGAACAUUAAAUCCAACAUCUCAAGGUGGUUUCUGUCCAGACGAGUGGAGCGUCUGUCUCUCAUCACGAUGAACGCAGUCUUCAGCAGGAGGAAAGAUAAACCCAGCAUGCACAGCCCCGAGGCUCUGGUGAAGCAUUACGUAGCCUACAGCGCUAAGUUUUUAGGAAUCACGGCAGUCGAACAGCCAAAAGGCACAGAUGUUGUUCGGGUGGCUGUGAGAAAACUGAAGUUUCAAAGGCAUAUCAAAAAGUCGGAGGGUGAGAAAACUCCCAAAGUCGAACUCCAAAUCUCCAUAUAUGGGGUCCGAAUAUUGGAUCCGAAGACAAAGGAUGUAAAACACAACUGCCAGCUGCACAGGAUGUCUUUCUGCGCCGACGACAAAACGGACAAACGGAUCUUCGCCUACAUCUGCACCGAGGCCGACACCAAGAGGCACCUGUGCUACGUGUUCGACAGCGAGAAAUGUGCAGAAGAGAUCACCAUCGCCAUUGGUCAGGCGUUUGACCUGGCAUAUAAACUGUUCCUGCAGUCUGGGGGGAAAGACGUGGAGUCCAGAAAACAGAUAGGGAACUUACAGAAGAGGAUUCAGGAUUUGGAAAUGGAAAAUUCCAAGCUUAAAAAACAACUUCAGCAUAUGGAGGAUCAGCUGAUCAGCCCACACUCGUCUCCAGCUGGUAGCAUCCCGGUGAAAGCCGCCCUGACAGACGUGUUCGACAUGGUCCCGUUUACACCUGGGUAUUCCAAGUCCAGGAUACAGACGUGUAACGGGAAUUGGAAUUUCCCUUCUCCGCCUCAUGUAGCCAGAGGUACAGAUCUGUUUGGAGCCGCGCCCUUUGACCCUUUCACCUGCGGCCUUGCAGACUACCCUCCAGAUAUCCAGUCCAAACUGGACGAGAUGCAGGAGGGGUUCAAAAUGGGUCUGACUCUAGAGGGCGCCACUUUCUCCCUGGAUCAAGUGGACAGUCGUUGCUGAAGUGAAACAUCAUUUUCCGCUUUUAACGUCUGGGGGCGGGGGGAAGUGUUUCUAAUUAUACUUUUGAAUUAUGUUCUGCAUUAAGCGAUGAAAAUGUAACAGACAAGUUGUGAACAAGUUGUACAGAUUCGUUCUAUUUUUAUAUAUCGUUAAAAAGGGUGUAGAGAUUGUACGUCAUUUUAAUGAUUGUUGCUAUACCCGAAAAUCCCCCUGCACUCAAACACUCGCACACACACACACACACACACACACACACUGACACAGAGUGCCUGUUCCUGCUCAGAAACCAUUAAAGACGCAGUAAUGUUUGCAUUUUCUGAAUUGCUCCUUAGACACACAAACCCGUCCUCCAUUUCCAGCGUGUGUCCUGCGUUCAUGUAAAACGUCUAAUAUUUGCUUUAUGACUAUUUAAUAAUAUCACACUCGCUAAGUAAACACUGACUCACUGAACAUUACAGCUGUUUACCUUCUUACGCAUUAAAAUGACAUUUCUUCGUAAAAA